AUGCUUGAGGUUGCCGAUGCGGAGCCGAUCAUCACUACCAACCCUGUCAACGAGAGGCCCAAGACGGCCAAGACGGCCAAGACGGCCGCAUGCAAGGUCUGCUCCAUCGUGGGGCGCAACGACAUGGACUGCGCCGGCUUGCCCAGCUGUACCCCCGGGCCCACCGCCAUCGAGGAACCUGAGCCCGAGCCGACGCCCUCGGGCGAAAUAUGCUUCGCGAGUUGGGUAGGUGUCUGUAUAGAAGGCAACAACGACUUUGGCUACGUCGCCUUCAAGCACGAUGAUCUCUGCGGCCGGGACUCGGUCCGUGUCGACGAAAUCAACACUGAGGGUGCGUGCGACCUGGCCCGGAACAAGGUCUCGUUUAUGCUGUGCGGAGUGGAGGCGUAUUUUGAAGACUCCGGGCCGUAUUGGGAAACACUCGGGUGCGGGAUGCAGCUUGUGGUGGACGACAAGAGGUAUCCUGCUGUGAAGGUUGGCUCCAGUGAAGCCCCGUGUUUUGGCACUUGUACGGCGGGAGCCGCAUUCGGGUCUGCCAUGGGAGUUUUGAAGUUCCCGAAUGUGCCCAUCUGCGAGUGA